AUGUUUGCUACUCCUCUAUAUGAUGCCGAUUUUGAAAAGCUUUACGAACCUUCAGAAGACACUUAUGUGGUGUUAGACACCCUAGAAGAAAUUAGACAAGAUCUCGUUAAUUGGUAUUUUCCUGUCAAUACUCGAUCGACGACACAUUCUCCUAAUAAGGUCCCAAUUUGUGUGGAAAUAGGUACAGGAACUGGGAUCAUCACCACUUUCAUCCAAAAAAACAUCCUAGGGCCAGACCGGGCCAUUUAUUUGACUACUGAUGUUAAUGAUUACGCCUGUGCUACCUCGAUAAAAACCAACGGUCUCAAUAAGAAAAAACCAACGGACUUUGGGAUGCUUGAUACAAUUAAAUGUGACUUGGUGGGGCCUUUGGCUAGAAAAUGUGUUGAUUUGUUGGUGUUCAACCCCCCGUACGUCCCCAGUGAAGAAGUCCCGGAUAUUGUUAAAUUGACUCAAGAUAAGAAAGAUGAUGAUGAUAAAAUCAAUGAUUUAUUGGUGGAUCUUGCACUUUGUGGAGGUGCUGAUGGGAUGGAGACUACUUGGAGGUUGUUGGAUAAUCUUGAUUCGAUCCUAUCAGAUACUGGGAUGGCAUUAAUUUUAUUCUGUGCGAGAAAUAAGCCAGAACAGGUGGUGGAGCAAUUUAAACAGAAAAUGAGGCUAAAAGGAGUAGAGUGGAAGGUGGAAAGAGUGUUCAUAAGAAAGGCAGGAUGGGAGGAGUUGACUGUGUGGAAGUUUGUUAAAGACUGGUGA